AUGGGGAGAGAUAUAACUUGUCUGCUUCGUCACUCAGUACAGGCGGCGAGGCCCCUGCUGCGCCCUACGCCCUCACCACGCCUCGCCAACCGAUUCGCAUCUCAUCAUCGCGCCUUCGCCGACGUCAAGCGGCCGUCGACGGCACCGAAACCAAUCAUCGAUAUCCGACACAUUAGGGAUAACCCAGAGUUGUACGAACAAAAUUGCAUUGAUCGUAAUUACGCCGCCCAGAGCAAGAGCCCCGCGCGCAUCAACGAAAUCUUUGCGCAAUGGCAGGCCCUGCAGAAGGACAGCCGCGCCGUCCGUGAGCGGUCCAAUCUCUUGCGCCGCCAUAUCGCCAAUCCGGCAUCGAGCCGCGACGACGCCGAAUUUGCCGGCAUGGAAGAGAUGUCGCGCGAGGAGCUGCUCGAGGAGGCACGUGUGCUCAAGCAGAAGCUCACGGCUGUAGAGCAGGACGAGGCGCGGCUCGUUGAGGAAAUGGAGGCCCUAGCCCUGAGCAUCCCCAAUCUUACCAGCGAAGUCACGCCCGUCGGCGACGAGCCCCACGUUCUGAGCUACAUUAACGAGCACCCGGUUGAGAUCCCAAGUGCAUCGGACAAGGUGUGGCGGUCCCACGUCCACAUUGGCUCGGAGCUGGGCCUACUCGACUUUGCCGCCGCCGGUAACACAUCCGGCUGGGGUUGGUACUACCUUCUUGACGAGGCCGCCCAGCUGGAGCAGGCUCUCAUUCAGUACGCCCUCGCCGUGGCCACGAGACACGGCUGGCGUCAGGUCGCCCCGCCCAGCGUUGUAUACAGCCACAUCGCUUCAGCCUGUGGUUUUCAACCACGAGACCAGAACGGCGAGCAGCAGGUUUACAGUCUCGCGCAGUCCCAAGCCGACGCGGGCCGUGGCAAGCCGGAGCUCUCCCUUGCCGGCACCUCGGAGAUCCCUCUGGCCGGCAUGAAGGCCGAGACGACUCUCGACGCUUCCGAGCUGCCCAUGAAGCGCGUCGCCGUCUCGCGCUGCUAUCGCGCCGAGGCCGGCGCCCGCGGUGCGAGCACAAAGGGUCUGUAUCGUGUACAUGAGUUUACCAAGGUUGAGAUGUUUGCCUGGACGCCGCCAGACGCCGACGAGACGAUCGACGUAUUCGAGGAGAUGCUGGACAUUCAGACCGAGAUCCUAGGCUCCCUGGGCCUGCACUGCCGCGUCCUCGAGAUGCCUUCUGCCGACCUUGGCGCCUCGGCGGUGCGCAAGUGCGACAUCGAGGCCUUCUUCCCCUCCCGUCAACAGCAGAAUGACGGCUGGGGCGAGGUCACCUCAGCCAGCAUCUGUACCGACUACCAGACGCGGCGGCUCGCCACGCGGGCCAAAAUCGACGGCAAGCUUACUUUCCCCUGGACUGUCAACGGCACCGCACUCGCUGUGCCAAGAGUGCUGGCUGCUAUUUUGGAAGCUGGAUGGAACGAGAAAGAACUGUCCGUUUCGAUACCAGCCUGUUUGCAACCGUGGAUGGAUGGGAAGGAGAAGAUUGUCAAGAAGACCACCUCUUAA